GGGACGCACGCUUUGUAGUAGAACGCGGCAAACACAGCCAGCCGCUGCAAACGUAGAGUGGAGGUAAAUGAAGCUCUGAAAGUAUUAGCCCAGUUUGGAGCUAAAUUCACAGUUGAAGAACACAUGGCUUCUACGAAUAAAGCGCCGGUACAGAAUAGAAAUUUACCAUGGGUAGAAAAAUACAGGCCACAGAAACUUGAUGAUCUGAUCUCGCACAAAGAUAUUCUAAGCACCAUCCAGAGGUUUAUUAAUGAGGACAAGCUUCCCCAUCUCUUGUUCUAUGGCCCCCCUGGAACAGGGAAAACCUCCACCAUCCUCGCCUGUGCCCGGCAGCUGUACAAGGACAAAGAGUUCAACUCAAUGGUGUUGGAGCUAAAUGCAUCUGAUGACAGAGGUAUUGAUGUUGUACGAGGUCCCAUUCUGAGUUUUGCCAGCACCAGGACCAUCUUCAAGAAGGGCUUCAAGUUGGUGAUACUGGACGAAGCUGAUGCCAUGACCCAGGAUGCCCAAAAUGCAUUGCGGCGAGUGAUUGAAAAAUUUACAGAAAACACACGAUUCUGUAUCAUCUGUAACUACUUGUCCAAGAUCAUCCCGGCCCUGCAGUCUCGCUGCACCAGGUUUCGCUUCGGCCCGCUCUCCCCGGACCAGAUGAUCCCUCGACUGGAGCACGUAAUCCAGCAGGAGAGCAUUGACAUAACUCCAGAUGGAAUGAAGGCCAUCGUGACCUUAUCAUCAGGUGAUAUGAGAAGAUCGCUCAACAUACUGCAGAGCACCAGCAUGGCGUAUGGUAAGGUCACAGAGGACACAGUGUACACCUGCACAGGUCACCCCCUCCGCUCAGAUAUAGCCAACAUCCUCGACUGGUCCCUCAACAAAGACUUCACGACGGCGUACAAGCAAAUCCUCCAGCUCAAGACUUUGAAGGGUUUGGCCCUGCAUGAUAUUCUCACUGAAGUUCAUCUGCUCAUACACAGAGUGGACUUUCCCCCAGCUAUUCGGAUUGGUCUGCUCAUCAAGUUGGCGGAUAUUGAACACAGGCUCGCCUCAGGAACCGAUGAGAAGAUCCAGCUGAGCUCCAUGGUUGCAGCUUUUCAGGCAGUGAGAGACCUCGUGGUCAGCGAGGCGUCGUAGGUGCAGUAGCCACCUAAGACCACCGCGAGGUUCUUUCUUGAAUGCAAACUGCUGGUGGAGAGAAACCUCUUUUCCCCAUUCCUUGGUGACUACCAUCACUUCUGUUUGAUGUAAUUGUGCUUUCACCACAGUUAGAGCAUAUCUGCAUCCAGAAUUCAGGCGCUAUUUCUACGUAUUAUUCUCCUACAACAGAAAUUGGUCUUCCAUUUCCUACUCUGCCAUCCUGCUGCCUUGGUUAACAUAACAACAGAUGCCCUCAAGUGUCCACCACUGCUCCAUGGAGUUGCUGCACAGUGCAGACACAGAUGCUCACAGCUAUCUGAGUCACUCACAUCUGCAUAUAAACUGAGCAAAAUGGUAGGCAGUUGUUUGUAAUUCUAGUACCAAAAAGAUCUCUCCUUUGGGGACUUUAAAUAUGGACUUGGAAAAGUGUAAGCAGUGCAGGACCAACUUAUGGUCACCAGUUUAUGCAUGUAGACUAUACAGUGGGGUGUUACCAUGUUGUAACGUUACAAAUACACCACAUGAAACUGUAAGAAUACAUCUUGGACACGUACAUGUGUUUGAAUCUGUUUAAUAAAACUAUUUCCUUUAA